AUGAAGCAGGGAGCAACAGACCAAAUCAUGUUUCUUCCAAAGAGAAUAAUUUUGGUCCGCCAUGGCCAGAGUGAAGGAAACAUCGACGGUUCCGCCUACACCACCACCCCUGAUUACAAGAUCCCACUCACCCAACAAGGAAUUUCACAGGCAAAGCACGCCGGAACUCGGAUCCGUCAUAUAAUCUCCGACUCAGGUACCAACAAUAAUUGGAAGGUUUACUUUUACGUAUCACCUUACGAACGAUCGCGAUCCAGUCUGCGUGAGAUCGGAAGAUCGUUUCCCAAGACCACUGUGAUCGGAAUUAGAGAAGAAUGUAGAAUCAGAGAGCAGGAUUUUGGGAAUUUUCAGAUCACCGAGAGGAUGAAGGUUAUUAAGGAGACUAGAGACAGAUUCGGUAGAUUCUUCUAUCGAUUUCCUGAGGGUGAAUCCGCUGCUGACGUCUAUGAUCGUGUUUCGAGUUUUCUGGAAUCUUUAUGGCGUGAUAUAGACAUGAACCGGCUUAACCACGAACCCUCCAAUGAACUAAAUCUUAUAAUCGUUUCGCAUGGAUUAGCUUCGCGUGUGUUCCUAAUGAAGUGGUUCAAAUGGACAGUCGAGCAGUUUGAGCACUUGAACAAUUUAAACAACUGCGAGUUUCGCGUAAUGCAAUUAGGGGUCGGUGGUGAAUACAGUCUUGCGGUUUACCAUUCCGACAAAGAGAUGGAAGGAUGGGGGCUAUUGCCCGAAAUGAUCGCCGACCAAAAAUGGCGAGCCCAUGCAAUGAGGGGGGAUUGGAACGAGAAAUGCCCAUGGUAUCUCGAUGUGUUUUUCGACGAUCUAGGCAACGAUUCCGACGAUGAUGACAAAGACAAAACCGUCUGAUUCAUGAUUUUCAGGUAUUCUACUUGCAAAAAAUGAUCCAUUUUGAGGUCUUCUUCGAGCUUUGACAUAUAUGCAUGCAAAUGCUUGUUUUCAAAAAGGGGGAAAAUAUAACAUAACAGUAAGAGAUUUAGUGGUACCAGUUGGAUCAAAGACUACGGCCUAAUUUGAAUAAAAUGAUCAAAGACUACGGCCUAAUUUGAAUAAAAUCUAAAUGAUUUAUGAACACAUAAACAUGUUUCGCUUGAAUAACUGUAUAUAUGAUCGAAUGUCUCAACUACAGGAACGAACCCAAGAAUUUUUGGAUACGGUGACACCAUAUAAAACGGUUGCACCUUCUAGAAUAAAACGGUUGCAUCUUUCACGAACCUAAUUUUUUUUAUGUUACCACGGUGG